AUGGAAAACUUAAAUCCUGACGGGUUCGCUCGUCUCUCUGCUGAGAUUGCUCGCGCCGUCGCGGAAGCUGUCAGAGAAGCGAUGACUCCACAAGCUCAGCCAAAUCAGCCGCCGCCGGAGGAGGACAAGUCGGUGAACAGGUCACGCAUCAUCGACUCACUAUCCGCACGUCUCUCGAUGUUCAAAUACGAUCCGGAGGAGGAAAUGACGUUCGAAAACUGGUACGUCCGCUACGAGAAGCUCAUCGACGAAGAAGGCGGGAUCCUGGAAGACAAGGCGAAGGCCCGCCUCAUUCUCGCGAAGCUGAACGCCCGGGAGUACGCGCUGUUCGCAAAUCGACUUCUGCCGAAAUUCCCGGACAGUCUGACGUUCGAUGAAUUGAUUCCAAAGCUGAAAGAGACGUUCAAGUCGACGUCGUCGGAGUUUCGCCGCCGCUACGACUUCCUGCAAGCCUCAUACAAUGGAGGAGCUCUCGAGGAGUAUACGGGAACCAUUCUCCGCCGUUUCACCACUUCAAAGUGGAACGACAUGACGGACGAUCAGGUCUGCUGCCUGAUCUGGAUCGUCGGUCUGCGAGACGGUUCGUUCGCCGACAUUCGAACGAAGGCACUGCAGCUACUGGAGAGCAAGCCGGAUACGACUCUUCUGGAACUGGAGGCGAAGAUCAAGCGACUUCUGGAGAUUCGAGACGAUUCGCAACGACUCGGAGCGUCGAAAGGAAAGCCGGAAAUCAACGCCAUCAAGGCAAGGAAGGCAAGUACUUCCCAGAAAACCGCACCAUCGCCAUGUCCGAAGUGUGGCGGAGAUCACUGGGCUCGAGACUGCAAGCUCGAGAACGUCACCUGCAACGUCUGCGGGAAGGACGGCCACAUCGCUAAGUUUUGUUUCAAAAACAAACCGCCGACCAAGAAAUCGACGAAGAAGUUCCAGAAGAAGAAGGUGAACGCCGUGGCAGUCGCGCAACUUGCCCCGACGCGGCGGAGGAUCUACCUCAACGUUCCGAUCAACGGCACCAACGUCAAAAUGCAGCUUGACACCGGAUCCGACGUCACCGUACUCAACAUACGGGACUGGAGGAAGAUUGGAACGCCGCCGCUCACCAAGUCGACCGAGAAGCUCCUGUCUGCGUGCGGAUCCGAGAUUCGCACAAAAGGAGAGUUCCGCUGCCAGUUCAAACUGCACGGAAAGGAGUACGAGGGCUCCGCCCACGUUGCCGAGACAGCUACACUUCUUGGCAUGGAUUGGAUGUCCCUCAACUCGGCGCUGCUGCACUCGCUGAUCGAUUCGCCGGACACUCGCGUCAACAGUGUCCAGGUGACCAACAAGAAGGCGCCGCUCAACAUGUGCCGCGAGGAACUGCUCAAGAAGUUGAAGAAGAGUCAUCCAAACGUCUUCACAACUGGAUUGGGCACGUGCACCAAGGGCCGAGCGACUCUUCGACUGAAACCGGACGCGAGACCCGUCUUCCGAAAGGCUCGCCCGGUUCCGUACGCGAGACUACCCGCCAUCACCAGGGAGAUUGAACGGCUCGUCGCCAAACGAGUCCUGGCCCCAACGAACCAUUCGGAAUGGGCCGCUCCCAUCGUCGUCGUCAUGAAGAAGACUGGAGAAAUCCGGCUCUGCGCCGAUUUCUCGACCGGACUCAACGAGUGCCUCCAGCAACAUCAGCAUCCGUUGCCAACACUCGAAGACAGUUUCACAAAACUGAACGGUGGAUGUCUCUUCACGCAAAUCGAUCUGGCGGAGGCGUACCUGCAAGUGGAAACCGACGCCAAGUCGGCCGAGUUGCUCUGCGUCAACACACAUCUUGGACUCUUCCGCUACCAACGCCUUCCCUUCGGAGUGAAAAACUGCGCCGGCGAUCUUCCAACAGAUCAUGGAUUCACUCGUAGCUGGAAUGGAAGGGACGACGGUAUACCUCGACGAUCUUAUGAUCUGCGGAAGGACGGUUGA